ACACGACAAUCUACCUGUAUUUAAAAAUAAUGUUAAAUGAAUGCAAUUUUAACAACACUGCAUGCUGUAAUUUAUGCAUGAUUGUUGAAGUGGAAUAUACAAAUGGAAGUGGUGCAAUCAGGCCUAUUUUGGUCAGGCACAUCCUCCGCGUCCUCAGUGCAGCGCCAGAGAAGCGUUCAAAUGGCUGCGCGUGGGGAGGCUGAGUGAGGAGCUGAGUGUGAGGCUGAGGCUGCUCUAGGAUCCCAUCGUCGCUAAACCGCGCUUAAACACCAACGAAAUUCAUUACUCAUUCCGAUCCGUACUCAGUAUUUAAUCGCUGUUCGGUGUCGGAAUCCUGCGCUUUUCUCCUCCUCCUUCUCCCGCCUGUGAUAGAGAGAUAGAUAGAUAGAUAGAGAGAUAGACUCGCGCGCGGGAAGCCGCAGAAAAAUGGCUCCGCGCUCUCGUGCUCUCGCGGCUGUCCUCGUGCUGGUUUUCUUCUCGGCGUCUCGCGGUCUGACCGGCGACGACGACCCGUCUCAGGACGCCGAGUGCAAGACGAAAAGCGUGACGGUGUCGGCGCUGCCGUUUCUCCGGGAGAAUGACCUGAGCAUCAUGCACAGCCCGUCGGCCUCCGAGCCCAAGCUGCUGUUCUCCGUGCGCAACGACUUCCCCGGAGACAUCGCGGUGGUGGACGACCUGGAAAACACAGAGCUGCCCUUCUUCGUGCUUGAGAUUUCAGGGAGCUCAGAGGACAUAGCCUUGGUGCGCUGGAGGCAACAGUGGCUGGAGAACGGGACGCUGCUUUUCCACAUCCACCAUCAGGACGGCAAUCAGAAUGCUGCGGGCGUGGACACUACCGAAGACCCAGCUAGUGACACUGCGGCAGAGGAGGAGCUGCGCAUUCUGCACAUUUCUGUCAUGGGUGGGAUGAUUGCUCUGCUUCUUUCCAUCUUGUGCUUGGUGAUGAUCCUGUACACACGGAAGCGCUGGUGUAAGAGGCGUCGGGUGCCCCAGCCUCAGAAGAGCGCGAGUGCCGAAGCAGCUAAUGAGAUUCACUACAUCCCAUCUGUGCUGCUGGGUGGGCAGGCACGCGAGAGCUUGAGGAACUCCCGGUGCCAGGGUGCCAAUGCCAGCGGCACCCUCAGUAUCCGUGAGACGCCCAUCCUCGAUGGCUAUGAGUACGACAUUGGUGAGCUGCGCCAGCACCUGCAGCGUGAGUGCAUGAACGGUGGUGAGGACUUCGCCAGCCAGGUGACACGCACGCUCGAUUCACUUCACGGCUGUAAUGACAAGGCCAACGUGGAUCUCACCCCCGGGAAUGACAAUACAAAACUGUCCCUGAUGAGCAAGUACAAGGAUAACAUCAUAGCCACCAGUACCGUUGACAGCAAUCACCAGCAAAACACGCUCUUCCCACACAACACCUCCACCAACCAGCGCACGCGUCUGUCCAGCAACACGCGCGCGGGUUCAGCUUUCCUGAACCCGGAUGGGGAUUCUGGGCCUGAGACAGAUGGCGAGCCACAGCUCACCUUCUACACCGACCCCAACCGCAGCCGCCGCCGCAGCCGAGGUAUGAGAAACGGUAACGCCAACCCAGCGUGGGGCUCCGGGGGCUCCCCACGCAGUCCCAUCAAUAAGACCACCCUAACUUUGAUCAGUGUUACAAGUUGUGUGAUCGGCUUGGUGUACUCCUCUCACCUGUCCUGUGGCCUGAAUGUGCGUGUGGUCCUUCACGUACCCGAGCACCUCAUUGCUGACGGUUCCAGGUUUGUCCUGUUACAGGGUAGUCAGCUGGAUGCAUCUGACUGGCUCAACCCUGCUCAGGUGCUGCUCUACUAUCAGCAGAAUGCCAGCGGGCCAUGGCUUAGUGAGCUGUGUGGUCGUCGCCUCGUCGACCCUUGCGAACACCAGUGUGAUCCUGAGACAGGUGACUGCCAAUGUUUUGAUGGGUAUAUGAAAGACCCUGUUCACAAGCAUCUCUGCAUUCGUAAUGAAUGGGGACCAAAUCAGGGUCCUUGGCCAUACACCAUUUUCCAGCGUGGUUUUGACUUGGUGAUGGGGGAGCAGCCAUCUGAUCGCAUCUUCAGGUUCACAUACACUCUGGGAGAAGGAAUGUGGCUGCCGCUGAGCAAAAGCUUUGUCAUUCCACCGGCUGAGCUGGCCAUCAACCCCUCUGCCAAGUGUAAGACAGAUAUGACUGUCAUGGAAGACGCCGUAGAUGUUAGGGAGGAGCUGAUGAUCUCCUCGUCCUUCGACAGUCUGGAAGUUCUGCUGGACUCCUUUGGCCCGGUGCGAGACUGCUCAAAAGACAACGGCGGCUGCAGCCGAAACUUCCGUUGCAUAUCUGACCGAAAGUUGGACUCCACCGGUUGUGUGUGCCCUCCUGGUCUGAGCCCGAUGAAGGAUGGCACCGGUUGCUAUGACCACCACAUCGGCAUAGACUGUUCUGAUGGAUUUAACGGUGGCUGUGAGCAACUGUGUCUUCAGCAACUAGCUCCACUUGAGGAAGACCCUACCCUUUACAAUAUCCAGAUGUUCUGCGGCUGCAUUGAGGAUUAUAAGCGCGGGGCGGAUGGCCGCACAUGUCUGCCUCUGUCUGAAUCCUGCACUGAGGGAGUGGACUGUGGCGAGACAGCCGGCACCCCAGCCAAUCAAACCACGUUUGGAGAUGUCUUCUAUGGCUAUGACAACCGCACCAAGGAGAUUACCACAGGCCAGAUCCUUAAGGCUACCUUCAGGCAGAAGAACUUUGCCCGUGGCAUAGAACAGCAGCUUCCAGACGGCAUGGUGGUGGCAUCGGUACCAAAUGAGGCACAGUGCCGUGAGGAGCUCUCUGAUCCAGUUCCAGAUCCCGAGUAUCUCACUGGGAUGGUGAACUACAGCGAAGUGUCUGGAUAUCCACUAGUGCAACACUGGAAGCUUCGUUCCAUUUUGUAUCAUGUCAGGCUUAACCAGUGGACUCUCUCUCAAGCCUUCAGUUCAGCCAUUCAUUCUUUGGAUGGUGCCACACUGCGCAGUGACUUCGUGUCCAUUCUGAAGGAGUUUGGGAAUCAUUUUGUGCAGGAGGCGGUGUACGGCUUCGAGGAGUCCUGCACCAUCUGGUACCCCAAUAAGCAGGUGCAGCGCCAGCUGUGGCUCGAGUAUCAGGACAUAAGCAAAGGUAACUCUCCAUCUGAUGAGUCAGAAGAGCGGGAUAAAGAGGCACGUGCUCUCACCUAUCCAGCCUAUAUAUCCAGCCUGCUGGACUCGGGGGCCAAGCGUUUGACAGCAGGUGUGCGCAUGGACUGCAGCAGCCAGGGCCAGUGCCCACCCUCAUGCCACCUGUGCCACAUGAGCCCUGGGACCCAGAGGCCCACAGAGCCUGUGCUACUCCAAGUCACCAAGGCAGCACCAAUAUAUGAGCUUGUCAACAACAAUGAAACCUACCAGGCUCUGCAAGAAGCUAUGAUGAGUAUGUUGUGGUGCUCAGGGAAAGGCGAUGUCAUUGAUGACUGGUGUCGCUGUGACUCCAGUGCCUUUGGUACUGAUGGACUGCCAACCUGUGCCCCACUUUCUCAGCCCAUGCUCAAGCUGUCCCACUCAUAUGAGCCCAGCAGCUCAUUGGUUAUUUUGGAAUGGAAUCAUACAGAGCCACCAAUUGGUGUGCGCAUUGUUGAUUACCUCAUCAGCCAGGAGAAAAUCACUGAGAGGACUGACCACACAAAAGUUGAAACAGAGACCAUGCUGAGCUUUGUGGACGACAUCCUGUCUGGGGCCAAAUCUCCAUGUGUGAUGCUGGGUGACAUCCCAGAUCCACUCACUUCCAUCUCCAUGAUCAUACGCUGCCUGGAGCCUGACACUACCUACAUGUUCAGACUUUGGGCCAUGGACAACACAGGCAGGCGCUCCAACCCCAGCGAGGUCACCAUAAAAACUCCCUGUCCCGCAGUGGAUGAUGUGAAAGCACAAGAAAUAGCAGACAAAAUUUACAACCUUUUCAAUGGCUACACAAGCGGGAAGGAGCAGCAGACAGCCUACAACAUGUUGAUGGAUUUGGGUUCACCCACGCUGCACCGUGUCCUCUACCAUUACAACCAGCGCUAUGAAAGCUUUGGAGAGUUCACUUGGCGCUGUGAGGAUGAGCUCGGGCCCAGGAAAGCAGGCCUGAUUCUGUCGCAGCUUGAUGACCUCAGUGGCUGGUGUCGAGGGCUUCUUCAAGAGCCCAAAAUUGGCCUACGCCGAGCGUCACUCAAAUUCCUGGCAUGCCGUUACACAGACACCAAGGCAUUCAGCCUCAGCUGGAUGGAGCUUGGCCAAGGGCUGCACAAAUCUUGUGAUGAACAAACGCUGCCUGUGAUGUACAAUGACUACGGUGAACCUAAAGAAAUCUGAACACCAUCCAGGAUAAUAAAGUCCAAGGAGUUCACAGCAGGAACCACCACAUUCUGUUUCUUUAAGGCUCCUCAUAAGGGGAAAAAAAAAGUUUAUAAAGUUGUACAGCAAAUGAUCCUUCUACAUCAGUUAAAUUUACCAGUGUGUUAGUCAUUGCUUGAGCAAUUACUCCAGGAAUUAAGUUCAAACCAGUGCUGUGACCGAUUUCAUUCCCUAUUCACUAAAAAAUGCAUUAUUUGGUAUAAAGCCAUUUUGUAGUGUUAUCCAAAUUCUCAUUAGACAAAUUAUAUUCCCUGUAUAGUACACUAUAAACAAAUCCAGUGUACAACCAAUGCACACUAAGCACCACAAUGCAUUUCUUUUAAUUUUGUAUAUAAACAUGGUUGUUUAAGGGCCACUAAAGCCAACAGGUACUACUUACUGGUGUAUUUAAUACAUAAAAUUACUUGUAAUACUUCUGCAUUUUUUUAUUUUAUUUGAUUUUUUUGUGGUUUUAGGUUGCUGAGUAAUUUGUAACAUUUGAAUUGUUUCUGUAAUGGCGAUGUAAUGGUGAUUUGUUUCUGGAGCCCAAGUAAGAGUUGGCUGAAAUAUACAAUGCUCUAUAUAGAACAGUCUAUAUAGUACAAAGUGACUGAGUAAGUGAAGGACUGAUUUCAGACACAGCGCUGGGUCUUUUGUGGUGUUGUACUGGAGUUACAAGGCAAAUAAAAUAAAAGUAAAUAACAGCAAUGGAACUUCAUGCUUGAGCCCAUGACUAAAUCAAAUGUAGAAUUUUUUUUUUUUCCACAAAAUUAUUCAAUUCAAUUACAGGUGCAUCUAAAAAAAAUAUAUAUAUUGUGGAAAAGUUCAUUUUUUUCUGUAAUUUAAUUCAUGAAGUGGAACUUACAUACAUUCUAGAGUCAUUACACUUAAAGUGAAAUAUUUCAAGCCCUUUUUUUUGUUUGUUUGUUUUAAUCUCGAUGAUUACGGAUUACAGCACAUGGAAAUCAAAAAUCCAGUUUCUCAAAAUAUUAGAGAUUUUGGAAAUAAGUAUUGAACGUGUCAACAUUUUUUUUUUCAGUAAAUAUAUUUCCAAUGAGGUUAUGCACAUGAAAUUUUUAACCAGACAACAGUAUUAACUCAAGAAAUCUGCAAAUAUAAAGGAUUCACAACAUUAAUGUCCAUAAAUAAAGUUAUGUGUAAUAAAGUGGAAACACAGGAAAAAAUAGUAUUGAACACACUAAGAAAAAGCAGUUCUCCAAGGCAAGGUAAGGCAAGGAACCAGCUGAAAUCUGUAAGUAAUUAUACCCCCUAUCUGUGCAAAUUAAUAUCAGCUGGGUUAGUAAAUUGAUGGUCUAUAAAAAGGCUUUUCAUUACCAAGGUGUCAGACAAGAAAGUUCUCAUGAUGGGGAAAAGCAAAGAGCUCUCCCAAGACCUUCACAACCUUAUUGUUGAGAAACAUAUUGAUGGAAUCAGAUACAGAUGUAUUUCAAAACUUCUGAAUCUUCCAGUAAGCACCAUUGGGGCCAUUAUCCUCAAGUGGAAUCAACAUCACUUUGUUGCCCAUGCACAAGAGCUCCUCACAAGAUUUCUGACCGGGGAGUCAGAAGAAUAGUCAGAAGAGUAGCCCAAGAGCCAAGGACCACUCGGAAAGAGCUCCAGAAACACUUGGAGGCAGCAGGUGCCAUCGUCACAGAGAAAACAAUAGGCAAUGCACUCCACUGCUCACGCUCACACGCAAUACUCCAUUACUAAAGAAAAGGCAUGUCGAAGCUCGUAUUAUAUAUAAAAUGUUGACGCGUUCAAUACUUAUUUCCCCCACUGUGUGUGUGUGUGUG